GGGCGGGGCCGGCGCGCGCGGCCCGCGCGCUUCCGCGUCCGUUGGCCCGCGUAUUAGUAAGUAACAAAGGAAGAGGAUCGAAGCAAUAGAAUCAUGUUUCACUCUUUAAGUUAUAUCAAUAGUCAUAUCGGUUUCUGUGGUACUAUAAAAAAUUAUCCAAGCGACUUUAUCGUCACUGAGAUUGAUGCCCAGGGACGGUCGGUCAGUCAAGCCAGAGCUGAGUCCCGUGAUGAUUUUCGUGAAAUUCCAGCCGAGCAGAGGAGCUCUGGACAAUAUAAUCACAAAAAGCCAAGAUCAGUUCCUCAGAAACUCUGCUGGGAAGAUGGAGGUAAUGAGGAAUUCACUUCUCUGGAUAAGCAGUCGGGUCCUGAAGAAAUCCUUAAAUUCGCGGGAGAAGAUGAGGACUCCAUCGCCUUAGGCGUGGGUGACUGGGAAUGUGACAAAGAUGACAUUUUAGACUCCUCGUUAAACGUGGCUGCUAACGAAUCACUGAAUCAGUUCGCUUGCGACGUUAAAGACACGUGGAACGCCAAAGCAGAGAGAACUGACGGAUCCACCGAACUGUCGCUGGGCGCGAUUAUCGACAAAAAGCAGAGGGCCUGUUUGCAUAGUGCUAUAAGACAGAAAUUUCCUUUUUUAAUCACUGUUACCAGAAACCAGGAAAUCGUCGUCAAACCUAACGGUGAUUAUAAAGAACUCGGUCGGCUGGUAUCUGAAGAGGAAGUGAAUGACUUCUUUAGAUACUUAGAUGCCAAGCGGGAAAAUUCAAAAUUCACUUUUAAACCUGACUCAGACAAGGAGCACAGAAAGGCCGUUCACCAUUUUGUCAACCAGAGGUAUGGGAAACUCGUGGAAACGAAAUCCUUCUCGGUGGCGGAGAGUAUCGCUGGUGAUCAGAGCGUAGUGAUAACGGUAAGAUUUCGGGAAAAAACUUUCCGAGGCAAGAAGAGACCCCUUUCCGAGUCCCAGGACAAACAAGAUGAAUAUACAGCUUUCACCCUUCGAAAAGAAAAUCUAGAAACAUUUGAAGCAAUCGGUUAUUUAUCUUCCGAACUCGGUGUACUUCCUUCAGACUUCAGUUACGCUGGCAUCAAGGACAAGAAAGCCGUUACUUACCAAGCCAUGGUUGUAAAGAAAGUGGCUCCGGAGAGAUUGAAAGAAAUUAGAAGUGCCGUUGAAAAGAAAGGAAUCAGCAUCUAUAACAUCCAUUCGGUACAUCAGCCUCUAAGACUUGGUCAGCUCACGGGAAACCACUUUGAUAUCACUGUGAGAGAUUUAAAAAGACAAACCAGUGAUUCAUCUGCAAAGCCAAAAGAAAGCAUUGUAGAGGCAAUUGAAAAUGUUAAGACCAGAGGAUUUAUAAACUACUAUGGACCUCAGAGAUUUGGUCAGUGGCAGAGUGUUCAAACGGACCAAAUUGGUUUGGCUUUGCUGAAUAACGAAAUGGUGAAGGCUGUAAAGUUGUUUUUCACACCAGAAGAUCUUGACGAUCCUGUAAAUAGAGCCAAGAAGCAUUUCUUUCAGACAGAGGAUGCCAAAGGAACCCUUGCAUUGUUGCCCGAAUACAAACUUCGAGAGAGAAUGCUGCUUCGAGCCUUAAACCGCUACGGUGUGACAGAGGAAGGAUGUACCCGGGGAUGGCUUAGCAUCCCCCAUUCUAUGCGCAUAUUCUACGUCCACGCCUAUUGCAGUAAAAUAUGGAACGAGGCGGCUUCCUUCCGGUUGGAAACCUAUGGUUCGAAGGUGGUAGAAGGUGACCUGGUCUCCUCUGAAGAAAAGGGUAGGGAGCAUCUUCCCCUGAGUGACAGAGUACACGUAAUAAGUGCAGAAGAGGAAGCCGCGAACGUGUAUGCCAUACAUCAAGUCGUUCUUCCGAUGGUUGGGCACAGCAUCGUCUAUCCGAAGAACAAAGUUGGACAGUGGUAUCGGGAAAGGCUCGGGAGAGAUGGGCUCCAGACAUGCAGGUUUCGAGUUUCUGCCUUACAGCUGAACAUCCCAGGAUGCUACAGGCAGAUUUUGAAAUAUCCCCGUAAUGUCUCAUACCAUCUGCCGGAGGACGGUGACGUUGACGGAAGAAUGGAAGCCUCUCUUUCCGAUGAACCAUCAGCAUCUCUUCACAUUUCUUUUGAUCUUGACGCGUCUUGUUACGCAACCGUUUGUCUGAGGGAAAUAAUGAAAUGUGACCUCUAAAAAACUCCAUUUUCGGAGUUAAAUUCUGACACCUUUUGGUUACCUUUGACCUUUCCUAAACAGUGCCAGAAGUCUUGGUUUCUUAGUCCAAUCCGUUGCUCUUCGUUCAGAGGUGCUAGUUACAACUCGAGCUUGUUGUGCUCUACUCAUCCAAGCGCUUAAGACAGUGCUCUGCACAUAGUAAGCACUCAGUAAAUUCCACGAAUUGAUUGAACCCCUUUUUCCAUAUACAUUCUGUUCAGCACUCACCCCUGAUCCAGUGAUUAAAACUCUGACUGGCCUUACAGAUUUAGUUCA